AAUCUACCGUUUUCCGUGACACAAACAUUCGUUGUUUGCGAUAUAAUAGUUUUAACGAAAAACCGUUAAAUGGUACCUUUUAAAAAAUAUAUCAAGUAAUAUUCACUCAAGAUUAAUUUAUCGUAGGUAAGCUGUAUUCACUUCUCAUCGAUAACAAUAUUGUUAUUCGUCCUUAUAUCAUAUUGUUUUAUAAUCAAAGCGUAAAUCGCAUGCUUAUUAACAAAAUCAACAUCAACAUCAAUAGCAAUAAUUCGUGAUCGAGCGGUAUUCUAUAAGCACUGUCCAUCAUGGCUAGUGCUACCAAAAUCCAAUUGGUCAUGGACAUCAUCGACGGAGCGUUAUACGACAGAUCCAAACCUUGGGACGCGGCAUUCGGACGGGCGGAAGCGCUGACCGGAAUGUCCAGGUUCAAGGUGCUGCUAUCCAUCGUCCUGGUGACCUCGGUGCUUCUCGUGUACGGGGCAAGCGCGGAAGUGGCGAGCAACGCGAUCGCGCUUAUUUACCCGGCGGCGAUGACGAUAUCUCUGACCACGUCGCCACCGAUUUGGCGGAAGUAUGACCGCGUAUCCGCCGCCACCGAAGCCCAGAAUGAGAAGUUCACGUACUGGAUGACGUUCACGGCUAUCCUGAUCGUGGAAUCACUCUUCCGGCCGCUCCUGCAGCUCUUGCCGCUGUACCAGAUGUGCAGGACGUGGUUUUUUAUUUGGUGCUUCGCGCCGAUCCGGGACAACGGCUCGGCGUACAUAUACGACGCAAUCAUUCGGCCGCGUUUCGAGCUCAGUGUCGAUGAUUUAGACUGAUCAUAUUAUUAUACUCUGGACAAGAGGAAGUAGGUACCUAUAUGUUUGAGAAAAGUCAAACCGUGUAUUAUUGCACAAUUUGUUUUAUCAUAGGUAGGUCAACUAUGUAACGGUUAAUUUAUAUUGUAUUUUAAAUAUUACAAAAUAUAUCCAUUUGCUUGUAAUCAAAACGAUUUAUUACUUUCAUAAAUAAUCUCAGUUCAAAUAAUUUCACAUAAGUAUUACAAUUAAUAAUUGGUUGUUUAGAAUAUAAUAUAAUAUUGACGGAAUACAAAAUAAUAAUAAUAUA